AGUACGCUACACGAUUACUCCAGCUCCGAGCAGCGCCAACGGUAGAUCCUGAAGAUCCGCAGCGACUUGACAGCACCCGGAAGUAGUUGCCUUUCAGCUGACAGUUUGUACAGGCUGGGAUCAAAGAUGGCGUUACGGCCAGGAGCUGGAGGUGGUGGCAGGUAUGAUGUCCAUGCAGCAACAACCACAGCAGCAACAGCAAGGCUAUGGCAUGGUACCUGGUAUGCAGCCUAAUAUGCCCAGUAUGAUGGGAAUGAGCUUUGGCCCACAAAUUCCCACAGGACCAAUGGCUAUGCAGGGUGGCAUGACAAUGGGACAGAUGGCAGCUGCUGGAAUGGCAUAUAUGGGGCAACCUACAUACAUGGGAAUGCGUCCUCCCACUUCUCAGUAUACAGCCGAUAUGCAGAAGCAGUUUGCUGAAGAACAGCAGAGAAGGUAUGAACAUCAGCAGAAGAUAUUGGAGGAGGAAAGGAAGAGGAGGCAGUUUGAGGAGCAGAAACAGAAACUGAGACUCCUUAGCAGUGUGAAACCCAAGACUGGUGAGAAGAGCAGGGAUGAUGCCUUAGAAGCCAUUAAAGGAAAUUUAGAUGGGUUUACAAGGGAAGCAAAAAUGCACCCCACACCUGUAUCGCAUCCGACAAAAACAGGUCAUUCCAUGCCAUCCCACUCUGCUGUCUCUCACCCCCAUCCUCCUGUCUUUCAUGAUGAUGAUGAAUUCUGUGACUUUAUACAGGGUCCUGCUGAUGCCCCUGGGCCUUCCACUUUAUCCCAGACUUUUCAAUCUUCCCAGCCUGCUGCACAGGCUCGGGUGCUACCUAGUGACCAGUCGGGAUCUCUGGCCCAUCCUUUCCCUUCAGUUCAUGCUCCAGCAUCCUCGGCGCUUCUUGGUACAGUAGGACAAAUUCCCAUGAACCCUGUUACUACUACUUCCCAGUCUGAAUCCAUCAAAGGCCCUUCCUUGGAGGAAACUCUUUUGGCUUCUUGUGAUUUGCACGCAUCCAAGCGGGCACAGGUUGCAUUUAAAACCUCUCAGCAUUUUGCUGAAGUGCAUUCCCAGUCCUUCACAUCAGCUCAGUUUCAGUCCAGCUCAAAGGCCCGAAACUGGAGUGCUGUUGACAAGAACUUAAGUGGCAUCUUCACUAGUGAAAUUCCCAAGGCUUCAGAAUCAAUGUGUCCAAAUGAAGAAAGUGGUGUUGGAGUAUUUCCUUCUCAAGAUCCAAUUCAGCCUGUGCUGCCUCACUGGGUUUACAAUGAUGGACUUGUUCCAGAUCUGUACAAGAAGGUUCUAGAAACAACAAUGACACCUUCAGGAAUAGACACAGCUAAACUGUAUCCAAUUUUGAUGGCCUCUGGGCUACCACGAGAGACCUUGGGGCAGAUAUGGGGCAUGGCCAAUCGAACUACACCUGGACAGCUGAUCAAAGAAGAACUGUAUAUGGUUCUAGCUAUGAUAGCUAUGACACAGAGAGGAAUUCCUGCUAUGAGUCUCGAUGCAUUUAGUCAGCUUCAGGCUGCCCCUGUCCCAACACUGUCAGGUUCCCCAUUAUCAAUGCCUCCCACAGUGCCUCCGCAACCAAUGCUCUCAAUGCUUGCUGCACCUGGUGUCUCUGUUCCUCUCAGCAUUGGACAACCUGUGAUGGGACUAAACAUGACUGCACCAGUGACCAGUACUGCACCUCCAAUUUCCACUGGAUUCAUGAUGUCAUUUCCUGUACCUCAGGUUAGAACAGCUCUGUGCAUCUUUGUGGAGCAGUCUGAAAAUGAAGCUGGUACUAUGGCAGAGAAGCAGAUCAGAGAGGCUGAAAGUAUAAAGGCAUAUUUGGCUGAUGGUGUGCAUUUGCAGCUGGGUGUUGCCAUGGGAUCACCUUGUGGAGGAAGUGUAGCUAACUUGGUAACGGCGUACUGGGAAUCCGAGUUUGUCUUUAAAGGCAACUUGUUCUUUGAGUCCUUUCUAUACUACACAAGGUUCCUGGAUGAUAUUUUUAUUUUACUUAAAGGUAGCGAAAGUGUCAGUCAUCAAAUUAUUGACUACUUUAACCACACUACUGAGUUUUUGCAAUUUACUCACAUGUUUAAUUGUGACUGUAUCGAUUACCUUGAUAUCCAUCUAAGUAAAAAUUAUAACUUAAACUUGUUUACUGCAAACAUCUUUAGAAAACCAACAUACUCUAACACUUUCCUCCACUACACCAGCUGUCACCCCCACUACCAGAAGAAAUCUGUUGUGAAAGGGCAGCUGGUAAGAGCUUCCAGAAUGGUCAGCCUGGACGAGGAUUUUAAACAGGAAUGUGCUCACAUACGGGAAAUGUUUAUACAUAGAGGCUACCCGGUAACUUUUCUUGACCCAACAGUCCAGGAGGUAAUGGACAAAAGACACAAUAAGGUGUAUAUACCUCUCCUGAAUAUUAACACUAAAAAUUUGAUUGAUGACAAUAGUGCCAACUUGGUUGACAAGAACCUAUGUGACCAAGAAGGGAGUAAUGCACUAAUCAGUGGCCGAUUUAAUAACGAGCUAUGUACUGUUAAAUCCAUUACUACCUUUAGUACAACAAGCACCUUGUGUUCAUCUAUAUUGAAGAAAAACUGGGACUUGUUUAAAAUACAACCUGAUCUAUUUGAAAAACUAGGUGACCACCCUAUGAUAGUUUACAGGAAAGGGCUUAACAUCAAAAACCUGUUAGAAAAACAUGACACACUUACAGAAGAUAAACUGGUCAAAAAGAUGUGGAAAAAUGACAAAAGGUUAUGGGUUGAGAAACUGGCAGCAGAGGCAGAAACAGCAGCAGCGAUUGGAAAUUCCAGGCCACUAUAUCGUGUUGCCAAAGAACUUAGGGAUGAGAAUAAACACAGGCCAUAUGAUCUGCAUGACUUUGGCAAUGAUGGCAAAGUGUCAACAAUGAUUCUGGAUGUGAACUUGGCAGACUUUAGUGAGAUUGAAGUAAAGGAAGCGAUAGCCAAACUAAAGAAUGGAAAAGCUCCUGGAACAGACCAGAUACAAUCAGAGUUGCUAAAGUAUGCUGUGUCUUCAGUGGAAUAUUUCACAUAUCUUUUGAACAACAUAUGGACUCCAGAAAAGGUACCAAAUGAGUUGGAAAAUGGCAUCAUCAUCCCUUUACCAAAAAAGGGAGAUAUUAGAGAUUGCACGAAUUGGCAUGGAGCACAUCGUCUUAUUGAUUGGGUCAUGCGGAAAGCAUUACAUGGAAACUCAGUGGAACUGGAAUGGAUUGAUGACAACAAGCUACUUGACUUGGACUUUGCUCAUGACAUAGCUCUUAUUGAUAUAACAUGGAGUGAAAUGCAGACAGUGACCACAUCAGUGGAGAAGCAGGGUGGGAAAGUAGGCCUCAAAAUGAAUCCUGACAAAUGCAAAGUGUUGGUAAGGAAAGCAUGGAAUGACAACCAAGACAUAACGGCUGCCGGGAUCAAUAUUAGACAUAACAGAGAACUUCUGCUACCUGGGCAGUUUCAUCUCUCAUACAGUGCACCUUGUGUGAUUACCCCAGUUUCUACAACGGUGACAUCUUCUAGUGAUAAAUAUGCUGUAUUUACUCAGAUGACAACCAACAAAUCUGAAGCGCCAUUGUCAUCAUUUACAGAGUUUGGAGAUAAAUAUAGUGUUUUCAGAGAACUGGAACAAACAGCAGAGAGUAAACCUGUAGGGGAUGGCUUUGAAGACUUCAGAUCCGCUGGCGCAGAUGAUGGGUUUACUGACUUCAAAACCGCUGACACUAUAUCACCUCUAGAAACUUCAGAAAAAGACAAACCCUUCACUGCAUCUUUUCCUCCAGCACCGUCACUUAAACAACAGUUACAAUCACAGCAGCAGAUGCAGACUAAGCUUCCUCUAAAAGUCAGUGACUUGGACCUUUUCUCCUUAACUUCAUCUGGAGAGAACAAAUCAUUGUCUCUCUCACAAGAAUCCGUUUCUUCUUCAUUCCCUUUGCCUUUAUCAUCAUCAUCUACAUCAAGUAAUGCGGCUGGUAAAAGCUCCACUCUGGUGGAUGAUUUUGGUGAUUUCAGUAUUUUUGGUGACUCGUCUAGUGCCACAUCUAGUGGAAGGAAUGACUUUGCAGACUUUAUGGCUUUCAGUAAUACUACUGGAUUCUCUGAACAGAAGUCUGAAAACAAAUACAACACUUUGAAACAAGAGGGUGGUAGUGUCCUUACAUCUAACUCAUAUAUGAGUGUAAAUGAAAAUGGUCAACAUCAUUUGAGCUCUGUAUCUGAUAAAUAUGAUGUCUUCAAGCAGCUUUCAUUGGAAGGCUUUGAGGAACAGAAAGACAGUACCUUUUCUUCAGUGAAGGGUGAGGAUGAUUUUGCAGAUUUCCAGACAGGAAAAUUUUCAUCAGGUCUCAGUAACUCUGAUAAAGUCCUAAUAGACAAAGUUGCAGCUUUCAGGCAUGCCAAAGAAGACUCUGCUUCUGUCAAAUCACUGGAUCUCCCAUCAAUUGGUGGGAGCAGCAUUGGAAAGGAGGAUUCUGAAGAUGCUCUCUCAGUUCAGUUUGACAUGAAACUGAGUGAUGUUGGAGGAGAUUUGAAGCACGUUAUGUCGGACAGUUCUCUGGAUUUGCCACCUGUAAGUGGUCAGCAUCCUCCAGCUGCAGAUAUGGAUGACUUGAAAUUCCUGUCCCUUACUAACAACAGUAACAGUUCUGCAAUAAACAACUUAGCACAUUGUGAAACAGCAGCUGUUGAUCAGCCUUCUGCUUUCUUCCUAAGUUCAGAAACUAUGUCGUCUUCAACCACUUCCAUCCUUCAAAGGAAAGAAACCUCAUUUGGCAGCUCAGAAAAUAUAACAAUGACAGUGACUUCUAAAGUGACAACCUGCUUAAAUAAAGACUCCAGCACAACAGACAAUUUUGAUGAAUUUACAGACUUUAAAGAUCACACACUGGGAACUGCAAAGCAAAUUAUGGAUUCUGAAUUUGGUAACUUUGCUGGCACUUUGCCAGAUGUGGAGAUAUCUUUGUCAACACUGAAUCAGAAUGGAGUAUUACCAAGUUUUGCCUCAAAUGGAGUUCCUUCUGAUUUGGAGAAAAAGGAGUUGACAGAUGACUUUGGAGAAUUCCAAAGAGAAAAACCCAAGAUUAGUAAAUUUGAUUUUCUGGUGGCUAGUUCACAAGGCAAAAUAAAGUCUAGCGAGGAGAUGAUAAAGAAUGAGUUGGCAACAUUUGAUCUCUCUGUGCAAGGAUCUCACAAGAGAAGCCUGAGUCUUGGAGAUAAAGAGAUAAAUCACACUGUUCAUCCUCCUCCUCAAGAGCAAGGUUUUAGAGACCGAUCCAACACCUUGAAUGAGAGACCAGCUCUACCAGUCAUAAGGGACAGAUACAAAGAUUUGACAGGAGAGGUUGAGGAAAGUGAACGCUAUGCCUAUGAAUGGCAAAGAUGUUUGGAAAGUGUGCUACAGGUGAUCAGGAAAGCCAAUGAUACUUUGAAUGGAAUCAGCAGUUCAUCAAUUUGCACAGAAGUUAUCCAGUCCACUCAGGGCAUGGAGUACUUGUUAGGUGUUGUUGAAGUGUAUCGAGUUGCCAGACGUGUGGAGUUGGGUAUCAAGGCAACCGCAGUGUGCAGUGAGAAACUCCAGCACCUGUUGAAAGAUAUUGAAAGAGUGUGGAACAACCUCAUAGGAUUCAUGUCACUUGCAUCUUUAACGCCGGAUGACAGCUCCUUAGAUUUCUCAACGUGCAUGUUGCGUCCAGGAAUUAAGAAUGCAAAAGAACUGGCCUGUGGUGUGUGUUUACUAAACGUUGAGUCCAGAAGCAAGGCAUUUGACUCCGAGAUUGAUUGCUUUAAGCUCGCUUAUGGAGGACACCAGUAUCAUGCGAGCUGUGCAAAUUUUUGGAUCAAUUGCGUGGAGCCUAAACCACCUGGUCUUGUUUUACCAGACCUGCUUUAAGACUUUUUUCACAGAUUAAAAAGAGAAUGAUCUUUCUCUGUAAAUUCCCAUUACUAGGAACAUUACUGUAUAUGCUCAAAAUUAGGUAAUGGACAAGUGCUUGUCUUAAGCAGUAAUCCACCUAAAAAUGUCAGUGUAUGAUAAAAUGUAAAGUAAAUGCUGAAAAUUGAAAGUCCACCUGAGAUGACUUCUGGUCUACAAGCAAGUGCUUUACAUUUUUUAAAGGGGGCCGGGGGGUGGAUGAUGGUUUGAUUUUUUGAUAAGGGCCAACAGAUGUGCUAGCCAUUCUUAAUAUUUUGUCAGGACCAAGUGGACGUGCGUUAUGGACUGUACAUUCUGACAAGUCUGCUCAUCCUUUGCUGCAGCAGUGCACAAACACAAGAUAAUAUACUGAAAACAAUGUCUGACUGCUUUUCCCAGAAUGAACACCUACAUGAUCUGAUGUUUUUUUUGUUUUUUUUUAACUGAACAUAUAUCCUUUGUCCUGUUUGAAAGAGAAGAGCUACUUCUGAUAUCUGAACACUUGGCACCUUUGUGGUUGUUCCAUUCAGGUCAGUAAAUGGGCUCCAAAUGACAGACCAGCUCACUGAAUAUUUCUUUACACAGCAUAUAACAAGGAAUUAUAAUAUAAAGCUAAAAUUAGCUUUAGAACUUGCCUGUAUUUGACUAAUGCUCAUACUACAAAUCCUUUCAAACUGUAGGACUGGAGCAUUUCCUUCAGGGUUUGCAAAUCGUCACUGAAUUCUUUACCUACUGCUGAUAAAUGCGAUGUGGUAUGUAACACAUCACAGAAAUUCCACUUCUGAGUGAGUACAGUUGCCACUUUAAAAGGCUGUUUUAUUUUAGUAAUGUAGAAAUUGCAUAAAAUUAACGUACACCUUAAAUUGAAAUUAACUAGAGAUAGCAUGGGUUACAGCUCAGGGAUAUCCACUGUGUUGCUCACACACUAUCCAUAUGGCUUUUAGUGCUGUUCUCAGGUUGUGGGCUUUUCAGUUUUGUUAUAAUUAUAAAAAUAGUACUCUUGUAUGAAAUCAUAAAUGUAUUAUGUAUGGCAUUUGUUUAGCAGCUUUGAGUUGGUGAAAUAAAUCAUACCUCUGCUGUGCUUGUAUGUUGAAUAAUAUAGAUAAUUCAUUCAUUUAGAGAAAAAUUUCAAAUUAACAGGAGGCAGAGUCAGUUUUUUUGUAAAUGGCGACUAUUUACAAAGGCAAAGUUUGAACUAAGAUCUGCCAAAACUUGAGCGUCUUAAUUUACACAGGCUGCAGAAGGCCAUUCAGUCAAGGCUUCAUAUCAAAGGCAUUUUAUCAUCCACAUUUAUUUGUGUACAAUUUGUAAGUAUUGAUGUUGGGGUAUUCAUUCUGCUAACUUUCUUAAUGCUGGUUGACAUAGGGACUGUAUUUGUUUAUUUUAUACAUGUACACACACACACACACACACACACACACACACACACACACACACACACACACAUACACACACUCAUGUAAAUGUCUUUAUUACGCCCCUCUCUCUCUCUCUGUAUGAUGUGAAAGUGAAUGCAUUCCUGUGUAUAAGGGAGUCAUUAAACCUUUGCUAUGUUUACUACUUAGCAGAAUGUCCACAGAAAUGGCAAGCACUGAAAUACAUAAAAUUCAACUUAUUUCAUCCGUGUGCAAAAAAAAAAAAAAAAAAUUAUAUUCUUACAUUUAGUAAGAGUAUCACACAAGACUUGAGUUAUAAUCCUUUCUUUAAUGUAGGAUGCCUGGUCACUGAAAUUUUCUCAGCAGUAUGUAAUGCAUCCCUUAGUGAGCAGCUCUGGUGUCCUGGGAAACUGUAACUCAGGUUACCGUACUUUUCAUUCAUUAGAAUGUGUUAGGCUGUAUGGAUAGCUAUUUAGUGGGAUCACAUAUAUUUGUCAUAUUUACUUCUAAAACUUUGGUUCUGCAGAUUAGUGUAACAGAAUAAAUUUAAAUGUGUAUUCUUAGCCACAUAUUGUAUUUAUAUUUUAUAACUGGAAUUUGCACCAUAUUUGUAUAUGUUGAUCCUGUGGGGGAAGAUCUAAUUGCUACUAUGUAUGUUUGAUACCUUUUUGUAAAUAUACGUGCAUUUUUGUUGUUUUUUUCUCCUUCAUGAAUUGUUCAAGGUUUCCUUUUUAUUCAUUCUGCACUUUUAAAACCUUUCGGAUGCAGCACUUGACUGCUAAGCUGGAUAUCCUUAAUAUUUUUAUUUAAGCAUGGAAUUUACUUUUAACUGUACUAAGAAAGCCAGCUGUAUUUGUACUAAACUACAUAGAUCACUCAUGUUAGUAGUAGGUGUUCAUAGCUUUGAAGUAGCACCAUCUUAUGAAUGUAUUUAAAUAUAGAGCAAAGGUACCGUUUGAAUGUCAGUUUCACCCAAGAAAAGUGCAUGUUGUACUGUUUUUGCAGCACCAUGAUGCCUACUUAAGCUAAUGCUAUGAUUAAUAUUAGGAGUGAAAUGCAGUAUUUCAUCUAGUUUUUUGUAUCACACAUUACAAGGAGGAGAAACUGCCAUCAGUUGUAUGUUUUUCUUUAAGGGAAUAUUCUGGUCUUGAACCAAGUCAGAAAUAAAGUUUACUUGCAUAGUAUUUAACCAACAGUACAAAAUAAAGUUUAAAGAGGGACACUUGUCAGCAUUUCCUUUUUCCAACAGAAGUUUUGAGGACGUAGAAGAGAGUUUACCUUCAGCUGGAAAUAAGCGCACAUUGAUAAAAAUUCCUGAUGUGAUGCAUUGUCUUUAAAACUGUCGACAAAACUCUUUGAUGAUGUCAGCAGCUGUGUUGCAGUUUAUUGCACCAUACACUGGGAUAGCUAAAAGUGUCAUUUGUCAGUGAUACUGUGCAGUCCUAAAAAGGGAAUUAAUGCCAUGUAUGUAUGGAUCAGCCUUAAAAUUGGCUGCUGAUAUAUGCUUCUUUCUAUAAAGCACCACUGUAACUCAGUAAAAAAAGGAAUGCAAAAUGUAUUAUGAAGGACAGUGUUUACUAGUGCACAUGUUUAAAUCCUUGACACAGCUUUUUGUGCUAAAUCAGACACAUCUUAUAAUUCGUUACCCUGGUCAUUUACAGAUAUACUGGUCUUGAUACUGUUCAGGAAUUACAGUGAUUUUCUGUGAUGACAUCUCAUGUUAUGCCUAAUAGGUGUUACAUGAUUAACAAAUAUAUAAACAUAUUUUAGCUUGAAUGAACAAGUGAUUGAAGAAUGAAAAUGAAAUAAAACACAUUCACCUUGAAUUUUUAUUUUGGCAUGUAGUAUAAUUGGGUUGUGCUGUUGCCAUCUUUUGUAAGAGGCCCUUUUGCAGUAAAUGUUCAAGAAAUUUUGCUGUGUAAUGUGUUCUUCAUUUUGUUAUUGUCCUUUCAUUUUUUUUAAAUAUGGUGUUGCCCUGUAACUUGUUUGAGAGUCGUAUCUUUCCACAAAUUUAAAUGCCUGAUUUGUGUAUCUGCUGCUGUCCCAAGUUUUGUAGCUGUUGUUUGACAAUGACCUGGCUGUGCUACAAACUACUGUAUUUUACCUUGCAUUUUAUUUAAUGUACUUGGUUGUUUUUGUUAUUUUAAUAUCCAUUAAAAGAUGUGAUAUUUACUGUUUCAUUUUAGCACAUGGUGCAGUUGUUGCUUAUUCUGUGAUUUUUUUUUCUGAAAUGUGAGACAACUACUAAAUAAAAGUAUCCUAAAAUUG